AUGUCGGACACCGAGGGAAAACCGGAAGAAAAACCCGAAGCCCCUAUACUGGUUACUCUAAAAGUCAAAGAUCAGCAAGGCCAAGAGAUUCAAUUCAAAGCAAAAGCACAUAUGAAAUUAGAAAAAUUGAUGAACGCCUUCGAAAAGAAUCACAAUGUUGAACUGGGAACUUAUCGUUUUUUCUUUGAUGGCUCUAGGAUCCAGAAGACGGAUACUCCCCAGUCGCUUGGUAUGGAGGACGAAGAUGUUAUUGGGGCGUUUAUCCAACAAGUUGGUGGUGGUGGCUAUACACUUCUUGUCUGGGGAUGUCUGCGAUUUGGUUUUGCUGCAUCUUUGGGUUCAUAA